UAAUACCUUGGAGCCAAGCACGCAAUAUGGAACCAGAAUUAUCUCGAAGAACGGGAUGAGUGUGCCGUGAGAAGGUAUAAAUAGAAGCUUCGAUUCCUUGUAGGAUGCUAUUUGUUUGCUCUUCAUUAGCGACAGCAACAGACUCGGCCUUUUCCAUCAUUCCCUCUUUACUUCAAGCCCUAGAUAAACCAUUAGCCUCGAAAUAUCUUCAACAUGAAGACCACAUUAUUCGGUGUUCUUGCCCUUGGCGGCUUCAUCGUCACUAGCAUUGCUAGCCCCGUCGUUGUUGACACUAGCGUGAAAAAGCGUCAGGACAUUGAUGCCAUUGAGACUGCCUUAGAAACGCUCUUCACUCAGAUUCAGGAGCAGACUACUCAGAUCAAUGCCACUUUAACUCCGGUUCAGGAUGCCGCUCCAGAGGCUGAGGCUCAAGCCGCUGCCGACACUAUUGCUCCUCAACUAGAAGCCAUCUCAGAUCUCUUGGAUCAGGCUGGUAGCAUUGCUAAGCGCGCCAUUCUCGAGGGUCGAUUCGUCAAAGAGGACAUCUUCAAGACCGUUAGCCUCAUCUUGUAUGAGCUGCUCGGUACUGUGAAGUUCAUCCUCAUCAAGCUUGGUCUUGGCCCUGUGCUAAUCCACUUGGUUCCCUUGAUUCUUGCUCUUACCCAGACUCUCAAGGCCCUUGAUAAGGUUGUCGAUGGCCUGCUCAUUGCCGUCAAGUUCAUCGCCGAUGACCUUCUCAAGGCCGUUGGUCUCGGCCUUGUCGGCCUCCUCCCCUAAACAACCAACGGGUACCUAGGUGGCCAUUCCGUUAGAAGGGUCGGCUAUUUGCUUAAACGACCGUUGCUGGCGUCGAGAUACACGUUUGGCGUCUUAGAUAGUCUGGAUAGUGGUGGUCUUCGUUUCAUCGCCUUUUUCUCAUGAUGCCCUAGGCAAAUGAGUGAUGAAUAUACAUAUUCCCAUGAUCUAUUGUGUCUGAGAUUCAUAAGAGUAAUUGAAACUGUUGUCCUUUUUUGACAGUGAAGUUGAGACUGGAAAGAUAGAGUAAAAGAUAGAAGGGUCAAGAUAGAAGGGUCAAGAUAGUGGGGUUGAUAUGUGACAAGGAUCCCGCAGAUCACACAAGAUAAAUUUCUCUGAUUGGUCAAUGGUUAUAGUGAAACCCGGUUCCCCCUGAUAAGGAGAUCGCCAUUGAGGCUCUUCGCCCUACCCGCUGUC